CCAAACUAGGGUUAUAGACUCCAAAGUGACGUGAUAAAAAUGCUCUGAUAUAAAGCGAAUCUGACCCCCACCUCGCUCAGUUCACCUUUAGAUUUCCUUUAGUGAUCAACAAGCGUAUUACACAACAUGAAGGCUUUAACAAUUUUCUUGUUUGCGGUAGUAAUCGUGGCAGUUUCUUGCCGUCCUGACAAGCCAGACCUGAAGCAGCUCAAGGCAGAAGCAGCACGUAAGAAGGCCUGCUUGCACGACUGCGGCAGUGCCAAGUUUGAGCCGAUAUGCGCCGGAAAACAGGGAGAAAAGCCAAAAUCAUUUGGUAGCGAGUGUGUUCUGAACAAUUAUAACUGCGAGAACAAAGAAACUCUACAGAAGAUUAGCAAGGGCGAAUGCAAGGGCUCCGACGGUAUCCGCCUUUCAUAAGAUGCGCAAAAGGCUGUUUUCACAUAAAUACUCUUUAUUAUUUUUUAUAUUUAUGGUUUCAUUAACAAUAUUUUGCCAGCUUUUGAUUUGAAUAAAGUAUUAUGAAUCUUA